GCUUUUUCUUGGUCAUUAGGAGAUAUUAUUGAAGUUAAUAUUAAAAAUAACAAUUAUGAGCAAGCAAAAAUUAUAACAACAAAUCUUGAUUAUAGCAAAUUUAUAAUAUGUUUAUUAGAUUCAUCUUUUUCUAAUGAAUUACAAGUAGAUUAUAGCUCAUUAAGAUUGCUGAUGCCUAUUAAACUAAAUUGGAAAAUCAAUGAUUAUUGUGAAUUCAAAAGUCCAAAAGAUAAUAAAUAG